AUGUCAGCACCUAGCCUCGAGCGACCGUGCCUCGAUUUCGCCUUCGCCAUCGUCGUGGAAGCGACGACAACGACGGUGACAACCGACUACUAUGUCGGUCUUCUGGAGCGAUGGAGUGAGGAGCUUAGCCAAGCCGUGCUCAUGCAGCAGCAUUCCGUGUCCGUCAAUCCGAACCCCGUCGCCACAGCAGAUUCGACCAAACUGGCGCAGAAGUCUGCCAAAGUGAUGGCUUCUGCCGCUCCUCAAUAUGAGUAA